AAUCGAUUCCCUUCCACUCGCCUGCCACCCGAGCGGUCCACUUCGAAAGGACUCAGUUUGUUGUCUAUUAACUACUACGUAAACCUCGUGGUCCCCGCUAAACAUAACCAUCGCCUGCUGUAGCCCCGCCGUUAUUGAUCUAUCUUUCUCGCGAUUCCUACCGACACCUGACCGAUACCGACCGGUCCCGAGGCAAAUUCAACUAAAUUACCAAGACAGUAUCGACAGACGACGUCUUGUAAUUGUUUACUCUCUCCCGGGUGGUGGAGCCUCUGGCGUCGCCGUGGCUGCCUGGUACUGUUCAGUCAGGUUCAGUUUCCAGUCCACAGGGCGCGAGGCAGUUUCGGUGAUUUCUUCAAGCCGUCGCCGACCAGCAGCAGCGGGGCAAAGAUACUUUGUUGCGCAAGCAGUUUUGACGACCUUUCCCUCUCUGUAUCUUUCGCUCGCUUUCGCUCUCUCUGGCUUGGGCGCCGACUCCGGUCCGCCGCCGCAAAGGCCCAGAUGUUCAACAGACAGUCUGCAUAAUUCGGCCAUGCUCUAACCAAGCAGAAGCGACAUUCUGGUCGGAAGCCGCCAAUUCCGCCGAAUACGACAUCGUGCUUUUUUUCUUGUCUAGCUGUUCCACCUUCAUUUGAAUCUCAAGAUACCCCCGAACAAUCAUGUUACCCCUAGUCCAGAUGCACCAAAUGGUGCCCACGCCGCCUCACCUCGAUCCUCAUAUCGACCACCUCGACCAGAUCUCGCCCUUAUCGAACAUUAGGCCCGGUUACAUGGCCCAGCGCUCAUACCAGCGUCAACAACCGCGGGCAUCUAAUCAGUAUCCGAAUGCCAACCGGGCCCCGACCACGUUUCCCAUACGCAGCUCGCAGGCUGCCCAGUCACCGUACCAUAGCCAGCCGACAGGUUUAUUUAAUCUAGACCACACCCAGCGCCAGGCGGAGCAUAGCCAACACCAGCUACGGAGGAAAACUCCGAGCGGCACGAUAGAUGCGGGUUACGAUGGGUCACCGGCCGGCACGUUCGGGCCACCACCGCUCAAACAGCUCAUAAUACCGGCUAACUCGAAAAUCUACCCUACGGCCUUCGUGCAGACCUGUUCACAGCCCGCCAGCAUCAACAAUAGACAGAUGGCGUUGUUGCCUGCCUCGAAUUGGCAUUAUCAACCACAAAACCAGCCAACCAACUUCGAUUCUCAGCCUGCGGGAUGGAAUUUGGGUCAGGCAAUACAGCCCGAUGGCUCCCAUUUGGCGGAGGGGAAUUCGGUGCCUUACUACCCUCAGCAUUUAUACGGCUGCGAUCCAAGGUUACAAAAUGUUUUUAGGCCAGCAUACCAGCAGAAAAUGGGCAGCACCGCUUUCAACCCUGCUGGGUUCACUCCCCCGCCCGUGUGGAGGGACACGGGAGUCUCGGACUAUAGUCGCCAAGUCCCCUUGUCCAACUUAGGCUAUAUUCCCCAGAAUGCAGUUGUCGAUGCCGCCUACAUGCCCAGCCAGCAAUCGAUGCACCACCCGCUUAUGGGUAACUUUUUCGGCCAGGGCUCGUCAAUGCGAGGGUCGUUACUGUCCGGAUUUGAUCCGGACCCUAGCAUGGCGCAGCAGCUUCAAAAUACUCUGCCGUCUCCUCAGGGUGUCUUGGACCAGCUUUCGCCCAACGGUGGGCAUCUCGGCCUGCAAGGCGACGUGUCUACCCCCGCACAGUUCAAGGACAAAGCUCUCAGUCUCGCUCACAAAACCUACGCAACACUGAUUGACCAUCUGAACAAGACGAAGCAGGCCCACUAUGGCAAAUCCAUGUCCGGUCUUAAAGGGUCCUCCAAGAUGGUUGUGUUUCCCACUGUGCCGAAGCAACUUGUGUCAUCUCUCAACUCGCGACAAAUAUCAGCUGCACAUACGAACAGCAGUGUAUACGUUAGCUCGAACCAACCUAAUUUUUCAUACGCUGGCAAGUUUUAUCAUGCUGCGGGUAUCGGCCCCUUGGACCUACCGUCUCCUGUCAAUGGCGCUAGGCAUUCCCUCGAGAUGCUCACCAAUCUAUGUGAGCAAAGUGGGUGGAAGUGGAUAGAUGGUAUGCUCCUUGGUGGCUGUUUGCAUUAUGGUCUCGAACAUUAUGAGGAGGCUCUGGACUGGUUCCAAAGGAUUGUGAAUUUGGAGGCUCGUCAUGUGGAAGCCAUUUCAAAUAUUGCAGCUACCCUUUACUGCCUCAACAGGCAUGAUGAGGCAGAAAAGCAUUGGCUUGAUGCUGUCAACAUUCGCCCUGCGUACCUUGAAGCAGUAGAACACCUUGUCGGACUACUAUGCUCAAGUCAACGCAGCAGACAGGCUGUGGAUAUCAUCGGCAACGUGCAGCAAAGGUUGCGUAUGCCACAGCCUGGAUCUUCUAAUUGUAACGAUGAAUCUACGAGGUCUUUCCCAUCUCCCGCCAGCGCAAGUCAACCAGGCUUUGGAUCAAGUGGCUACAUGAUUCCCGGCCACGAUAACGGACGCAUGCUUCUAUUAGUACACGCCAAAGGGAAUAUGCUUUACGCCCUGAAGGAUAUUGAAAAGGCAUCGGAGGCGUUUGAGGAGGUAGUCAUGAUCGCCAUCGGGAGGAAAGCGCCAGGAAUCCAAAACCUGAUACGCGAAAUCCAGGCUGCAUUGUCACCACGGGUGGCCUUCAACGCUGUUCGAGCCACUGGCCAGAAGCCAAGCCCUAUGCUCCUGCCUCCGGAAAAGGCAAAGCGCACAGCCGACAUUUUGUUUGCAGGUACCCGCGGCCAGCUUCCUGGCUUGCGCUAUAUCGGCGAAGGAAAGCAUCGGACAUCGACAAUAACUACAACCAGCAACUCGUUACUAUCACUGGCUAAGAUUUUCCAGGACUCCAUGUCGAGUGGUGGGCUGCCGCUUGGGCAGGGAGGGCAGCCUUCAGGGGUUGGCGAUAUCUUGGCUCUCUACUAUCUGUCACUUUCGCUGCAAGAAAGCCCAUCAACGGCCAACAACGUAGGUAUACUGCUUGCGAGUGUUCAGCAAUCGUCAACGCAGGCAGAGCCACUCUCGGCCGAGUCUGCUGCGCUCGUGCAACAUAUUCCCGGCAUUGUCCGCGGCAGCGGACUCGAGUUGGCGCUGCUUUACUACCAAUACGGUCUGACGAUAGAUCCGAACCACGUGCACCUGCACACGAAUCUCGGUAGCCUGCUCAAGGACAUUGGACAGUUAGACAUGGCGAUUGGAAUGUAUGAGCGCGCAGUUAACUGCGACGGGAACUUUGACAUUGCUCUCACAAACCUGGCGAAUGCUGUCAAAGAUCGUGGCCGUAUACAUGACGCCGUCAUGUACUAUAGGCGCGCUGUGGACGCAAACCCGAACUUCGCCGAAGCCGUGUGCGGACUAUCGACUGCACUGAAUUCUGUUUGCAAUUGGAAAGGCAGGGGAGGCGUCUAUUUGUAUGGCGGCAAGUUUGAUCGCUGGCAUGUGGAUGAGGAUGGCAUGCUCAGAGACGUGCGACAGAAUCCGCAGGGCAGCGGCUUGAUGAAGCGUGUCACAGAAAUCGUCAAGCGCCAGCUCAACGAGUCCUCAACCUGGGGCCACGGGACUUUGCAGGAAGCUGUCAUCAAGAUACUUAAGGUCCAGCUCGACAAGCUGGUGGAGGGGGAAUUUGAUCUGGAGGCCGAGCUGCGCAAAUGGAAUGGGAUGGUGUGGGAGGGCUCCCGGAUACUUCGGCUGAUCGAACGGUCAACGAGGGUCUCGAUGAGGAAAUGGUACAUUGAUAAAUAUGUCCAGGGCAGAGAGUCGCCUGAGGGAUAUGCUCGGGCACGCCUACCUGGCAGCCUUUCAGUGCCAACGGCGCCAACAGUACUGCCGUUCCACACUUUCACGUGUCCUUUGACGGCUCCGGAUAUUCGGAUGAUCUCACAGCGCAAUGCACAUCGCAUCUCUGCCUCAACACUACGCUCGCAUUGGCUGCCCAGCACCGUCUACGAGCCUCCACCACCACCCCAGCCAUAUCUCAAUGUUGGAUAUCUUUCCUCGGACUUCAACAACCAUCCACUGGCGCACCUGAUGCAGUCUGUGUUCGGCCUUCACGACCAGUCACGCGUCAAAGCCCAUUGCUAUGCCACCACAGCCAGCGACAAGUCAAUACACCGACAGCAGAUCGAACGAGAGGCGCCAGUUUUUCGAGACGUGAGCAACUGGUCAUCUGAACGUCUUGUCGACCAGAUUGCGCGGGACAAUAUCCACAUCUUGGUCAACCUGAACGGCUACACUCGCGGGGCACGUAACGAGAUAUUCGCUGCCCGUCCCGCCCCGAUUCAGAUGUCAUUCAUGGGCUUUGCCGGAACCCUGGGAGCAGAGUGGUGUGAUUAUCUACUGGCAGAUACAACAGCCGUCCCACCCUCGACACUUCGGCCCUACAGGCGUAAUGUCGAUGUACAGGAUAUAUUCCGCGAUGAAUGUGACGAAGACAAGGGCGAGUGGAUAUACUCGGAGAACAUCAUUUACUGUCGGGAUACUUUCUUCUGCUGUGACCAUGCGCAAUCGUCUGAUGCAGACGACGACAGGAAGUUGACUUGGGAAGAUGAGCAGGCAAGGCGCUGGAAAAUGCGCAAGGAAAUAUUCCCUAACUUGCCUGACGACGCCAUCAUCCUGGGCAACUUCAAUCAACUGUACAAGAUUGACCCGACUACCUUCAGAACCUGGCUUAGGAUUUUGUCUCAGGUUCCCAAGGCCGUCCUGUGGCUUCUUCGCUUCCCCGAACUCGGCGAGUGCAAUUUGCGGAAUACCGCCAGGGCGUGGGCGGGUGAGAAGGUAGCAAGCCGCAUCAUUUUUACAGAUGUCGCACCUAAGCAGCAACACAUCUCGCGUGCUCGUGUCUGCGAUUUGUUCCUUGAUACCCCUGAAUGCAAUGCGCACACGACAGCAGCGGACAUCCUCUGGUCUAGCACGCCUCUCCUCACCUUGCCUCGAUACGAGUACAAAAUGUGCUCGCGCAUGGCAGCUUCGAUUCUCAAGGGCGCUCUCCCAAAAUCAGAGGAGGGCGCUCGCGCCGCAACAGAGCUUAUAGCAUCCGACGAAAAGGACUAUGAGGAGUCAGCAGUGAGGCUUGCCAACGGACUGACGUAUCGGCCCAAUGUCGAGAGUGGGUACGGCGAAGGGUCUGGCCGCCUCGCCGAGCUGAGAAAGCUUCUUUGGGACAGCAAGUUUGGCUGUGCGUUGUUUGAUACCAAGCGUUGGGUGAGGGAUCUAGAAGAUGCCUACGACGAGGCAUGGAGGCGGUGGGUGGCAGGCGAAGGCGGUGACAUUUACCUAUGAGAUGAAUUUCUGAAGUUGUAGAUGGCUAUCUGCCGAGGCUGCAAAGUCUAUCGAAUCUCGGUUUGGGGGCUCUUAUUGUGAGAAUUUGAUGAUUGGACAUUUCAUCCUCAUCGUUUUUUUUUUUUUUGUUUUUUUUUUAUUGUUGGUGGUUAUUUGGCUUGCUGUUUUCAUCCGUCGUUCUUCAUUCUUCAUACCCUUUCCAGUAGCGAUUUCUCGUUGCCGUUUUAUCUUGUUUCUUUUUGUUCUGUUCGUUGACUGAUGACUAUAUACGCAACUCGAGCGGCAUAACGAUGGGAGUUCUGGAGCACAAUCUGAGUCGUUGGCUCCCUGCCUUGCAGGUUUGGGGGCACGGUGGGCUGUGAAAACAUUUGGGUAUUUUGUAACGUUUGGGCAGUUCAUCUCUCAUGUUUGGUGUCAUCACAUACCUGCUACAGCAAGUUAAUCUCCUUCACGGGACAUUGUGAAAUGAAAGAUUUGGGCGUUUAUGUUGUUUCUGAAUCAUUACUACUCAACCUUUUCGGCGUCGGUGAGGUUAUGGUUUUAACCACCAGGAUAGAGGACUUAUCAUUCGCAAGAAGGAGUCUCUUUCUUUACUCUUUCAAAAUAUAUUUCACCAUGGUUCGCGUCAUAUCAUAUAUAACUGCGGACGCAGCCUGGUUCUGAUCUCUCUCUGUGUAAGGUUCGUUGAAGACAUUACAUUCUCCACUCGAUAUUCUUGUCCUCUACACUCACACCUCUACUCUUCCAGGUCCAAGUUUACUAGUUCUAGAAGGACUUGAGGUAGACACGCCAUGAUCAUCCAUCUAGUGGCUUUUCCACUUCCGUUUUUUUCUCCAUUCUCUAAUCCCAUCUUACUAUUCUGCAAUCCAAGUGUCCCUUUCAG